AUGGCCUCAAAUGGCCUAGCACUACUAAACGCAUUAGAUACAGCGAGAACUCAAUGGUACCAUAUCACUGCCAUUGUUAUUGCUGGAAUGGGAUUUUUUACUGAUGCAUAUGAUCUCUUUUGCAUCUCCACUGUCUCCAAACUCUUAGGCCGCCUUUACUACUUUGAUCCAACCAAAGGAACGCCUGGCGAGCUUCCUACAGAGGUCAACAACGUGGUGACUGGUGUAGCUUUAGUUGGAACCCUAAGUGGCCAACUGGCCUUUGGUUGGCUCGGAGACAAGCUAGGUCGCAAAAAGGUAUAUGGGGUUACUCUUAUUCUCAUGGUCAUUUGUGCCUUAUUUUCGGGUAUCUCAUUUGGACACAGUGCCAAAUCUGUGAUAGGUUGUCUUUGUUUCUUUAGAUUUUGGCUAGGAUUUGGCAUAGGUGGAGAUUAUCCUCUUUCUGCUACGAUUAUGUGCGAGUAUGCAAAUAAGAAAACUCGAGGAAGGUUUAUAGCUGCUGUUUUUGCCAUGCAAGGUGUUGGGAUUAUUUUUGCUGGCUUAGUUUCAAUGACUCUUUCUAAACUUUUUCUCAGUAACUAUGAUGCUAAGCCUUUCAAUGAGGAGCCAAUCCUAUCAACACAGCCCCAAGCUGAUUUUCUUUGGCGAAUCGUGCUAAUGCUUGGCGCAUUGCCUGCUGCUUUAACAUACUAUUGGCGUAUGAAGAUGCCUGAAACAGGUCGUUACACGGCUCUUGUUCGAGGGAAUGCUAAACAAGCUGCCAUUGACAUGGGAAAGGUUCUUGAGAUUGAAAUCCAAGAAGAAGAAGAAAAGUUAUCGCAGUUUAAGGCUGCCAAUAACUACCUAUUGCUUUCUAACGAGUUUUAUAGGCGACAUGGGCUUCAUUUGAUAGGUACAAUGAGUACAUGGUUCUUGCUAGACAUAGCCUUUUACAGUCAAAACCUAACCCAAAAGGAUAUAUAUCCGGCAAUAGGAUUAGUGAAAAAAUCAGUUGAAGUGAAUGCCAUACAGGAGGUCUAUGAAACCUCGCGAGCCAUGUUCGUCGUUGCAUUGGUUGGAACAUUCCCUGGUUACUGGUUCACCGUUGCUUAUAUUGAAACUCUUGGCCGGGUCACGAUCCAACUCAUUGGAUUCUUCAUGAUGUCUGUGUUUAUGCUAGUUAUGGGCAUCGAAUAUGACUAUCUUAAAGAUCGUAAUAAAUGGUUAUUUGCACUUUUGUAUGGUCUAACGUUCUUCUUUGCGAAUUUCGGACCGAAUAGCACAACGUUUGUUCUUCCGGCAGAGUUAUUUCCUACUAGAUUAAGAUCAACAUGUCAUGCAUUAAGCGCAGCAGCAGGAAAGGCUGGAGCCAUGGUCGGGGCAUUUGUGGUUCAAUCGUAUACCUUAGAUGAAAAGGUAUCAAAAAUAAAACAUGUUUUGAUGGUUUUGGCCUUCACAAAUAUGUUAGGAUUUUGUUGUUCGUUCUUGCUUUCUGAGACUAAAGGGCGGUCUUUGGAGGAGAUAUCAGGAGAAGAUGGAAAGUUUGCAAAAAUAACUGCCAUUCCAAAUUCGAAUGCAAUAGUAUGCAAUGGGAGUUUAUUCAUCAAGUGUCGGAGGUUGAGAUGGCAGGUGCCACGCCUGUCUUGUAUAUGGUGUCUCCACCGCAUGGAAUUCAGGUUUUUCCCUCUAUCGUUGUCAAAUCAAAUUCGUUAACAGUGAUUAAUCAGCUCCGCACUCACGAUUCUUAAUCUCAUUGUUCGUAAGCUGCUGCUGUAUGAAGAUGUUCUCCAUUGUUCUGCUGCAUUUUCUUUAUGUGGCUUAAUUAUAGCAAUUAGCUCCAAUGCGCACUGAAUUAGCUGAAGAAGAAAUCAGCACGAUGGAAUGUUAUUUCCUCUUCAUUUGUUAAAUAAAAGCUAUCCUACUCGGAGGCAAGUGGAUAAAAUGAUAAGUGUUUCUUCCAACUUAAUUAAAGUAUUUAAUUCAAAUUUAAAAAAUGCAGCUGCAUUCAAAUUUUUAAAAGAAUAUCUUAACUAAAUCUAAAACGAUAUUGAACUUUGUUGGACUGGUUUUACUAUAUCUCUUACUUGGUAAGUGGUCGUUACUGCUACCAUUAUUUGACUUUUAAACUAUUACUACUUGAAUGUUAAUUUAGUUUCAAAAUUAAUAUUCAAAUCUUAACAGAAAUAUUUUUCCUGCAACUUCUUAAUUUCGGUAAUGUUUUUCCUUUGAAUAGAUUUAAUUUCAGCUACUGUAUUUUAUUUAUAUUUGAUUUAAUAAAAUGGUGAAGGAGAUAUUUCAAAGGGCAUAAUUAGCAAAGAAUUUCUAAUAAGUUCUGAAUUCGAGUUCUUAAAUUGUGUGCC